AUGUCUAUUCCAACGUCGGAACUGUUAGAAGCGAUCUCCGAAGUGUCGUCGAUUCAGGAGAUGAAAGUGACCGUGAAAGUGACCGCUACUUGUGCCAUUAUCGCUGCUUGCAGUACCCUUGUCGGUGGGCUUAUUGCUGGACCAUUUGGUAUUGCUGCCGGUGGUUUAAUUGGAACUGCAGCGGCGUUCAGCUACGGGCAUGGCAAAUUUAAAUCAGUUCCACAAGUUUUGGCGCAAGACGCAACCCCAGAGCAAAGGGAGAAAUUAGCAAAGGCCAUCAGAAGUAUUUUGAAUGCAAGGAAUAUUCUGGUCGUGGCGCAGUUCGUCGAGGCGAUGAGAACUGAUGAGAAAUUGCUGCAAGACGUCAAACUUGUUAUACGUGAUUUCUUGAAGAAAGCUAUGGGAUAUCAUUUUAAUAGUUAA